UAAAGAUGUUGGAAAAUUAUAUUGUAAAGCAGAACUUGAUUGGUUAUCUGUUAAAAAUGGUUUGGUUUAUGUAAAUAAAGAUGCUAUAAAAAGGCACGGAAGUAUAAAAUGCAAAAUUACAUACAUGAAACGAAAAGAUGAUUUUAGUAAUGCCAAAAGUAAAGAAGUCAGUCUCAAUACAAAUGAAGAGUUAACACUAGAAGAUGAUUUGUUUUCAGCUGAAUGUGAGGGGUCUGAUGGAGCAAAUUGGAAUAACAUCAUGUUUGGAGUCCAUCGCAAAAAAGAAACUGAACAUUUAAAGCAACACAAAUUACUUGGAAAUAACCAUAAAUUAAAUGUGCUAAUGUUUGGAUUAGAUUCUAUGUCUAGAUUACAUUAUAUGAGAAAAUUACCAAAAACAUAUAAUUACUUAAUAAAUCAGUUAGAUGCUGUUAUACUGAAAGGAUACAAUAUUGUUGGAGAUGGAACACCACAAGCACUUAUUCCUAUCUUAACAGGAUUUACAGAGAGGGAACUUCCUGAAACUCGUAAACGAAUGUCAAAUGCAAAUUAUGUGAACAUUUAUCCUUUCAUAUGGAAAAACUUUUCACAACAUGGUUAUGUAACAGCUUUUGGUGAAGAUCUUCCUAGUACAGGUAUAUUUACAUAUCGUUUAAAAGGAUUUAAUGAUUUACCAACAGAUCAUUACUUGAGAAACUUUUAUGUUGAAAUUGAUAAAAUUUUGAGGAAACAGUCUCCUUACUGUCUUGGAAGUAUUCCCAGACAUCAGCUUAUGUUAAGAUGGCUGCGAGAAUUUUUUGAUGUAUAUUAUGACAUACCAAAAUUUAUAUUUGGUUUUCAUGGAGAGCUUAGCCAUGAUGAUUAUAAUUUAGUGGGUUAUGCCGAUGAAGAUAUUUAUGAUUUUAUCAAAAGCCUUAAUGAAGAUGGUAUUUUAAAUAAUACUCUAUUAAUUCUCAUGAGUGAUCAUGGGCAUAGAUUUGCUAGCAUACGUGAGACUCAGCAAGGCAAAUUAGAAGAAAGAUUGCCAUUUUUUUCUAUAGUUGUGCCUCCCUGGUUUCAACAUGUUUAUCCAAUUGCCUUUAAAAAUUUGAAAGCUAAUACUGAUAAGCUUGCUACUCCUUUUGACAUCUAUAGUACUCUUAUGACUGUGCUUCAUCCUUCUGUGCCAAAAGUAGGUGAUAUUCAGAGACGUAGUAUCAGUCUGUUCUCUGAAAUUCCAUUGGAAAGAACAUGUGCCAAUGCAGAUAUUGAAGCUCACUGGUGCACUUGUCUAGAGUGGCAAGAUAUCAGUGUGAAAGAUCGAUAUGCAAUUAAAGCUGGACAAGCAGUAAUAGAUUUUAUAAAUAAUUAUACAAACCAGUUUAGUACUCUCUGCAUUCAGCUAGUUCUUGAUAAAAUUACACGUGCUGAGAAACUUUCACCAAAUCAAGCAUUACUGAAAUUUAAGAAAAAUGCUGAUAAAGAUGGAUUUGUUGGAGAUUUCAGUGAUAAUACAAAAGUAUCAGAAGUUAUAUAUCAAAUUCAGUUGGUAGCUUUUCCUAGCAAAGCUAAAUAUGAGGCUUCUGUUAAAUUUAAUAUAGAAACUAAAACAUUUAAUGUUCAAGAAAGAGAAAUUAGUCGCAUUAAUUUAUAUGGAAACCAACCUCAUUGUGUAUAUGACACUCAUCCUAAUCUUCGAAAGUACUGUUAUUGCAAGAUUCAAAUAGCUGAAAAAUAGCUUUAAAAAUUUAUAUCUUUGACAAUUAAUCUAAAUGAUUGCCAGGGUAGCCACAAUUUGAUUUUAAUUUUAUUAAUAUUCUGUCAUAAAAAAAGCAUUCUAUUUAUUGAAAUAAUGGAAGGGAAUUUAAAGUAUUUUUAUUGAUUUCAAAAUAAAUUCUUUAAAUAAUUAUUUUUUUAUUUCAUUACAUGGAAUAUUCAUCUUACAUAUAAGAUAUGAUAUUCCAUGUAAUAUCAUAUCUUAUUAUAUUCAGAAGCAUUUUAAAAUCUAAUAUUUUUUCCUGUUUUUAUUUAUAGAAUUUAUUGGGAAGAGAACAUAAUUAAAUUUUUAUA